AUGUCUUCACACAUUCUCCGCAAGAGGACGCCCGACAUGACGGCCCUCCAAGGCUCGAGCCGUCGCGGCACCGCCUCUCGCGAGCCCAGCGACUCGGAGAAGGCGUCAGCGUCGUCGGUCGCCCAUCGCUUUGCCAGUAUGAUGGCCAGCGAGGUUGGCCCCUCGUUGCUGACGGUCGCUGUGAUGCUGUGUCUGAUCUUUGGAGGUUGUUGUUCCAACGUUUAUGCGCUCGAGGCAAUUGUCAAUUUUGAACCUUCAAGUGGGACGCUAUUGACCUUUGUCCAAUUCAUCUUUGUCGCCGUGACAGGGUUUAUCGCCCAGUUUGAUAAGAACAGUCGUUUCUUCAUUGCACCCAACAAGGUCCCCUUGAGCCGCUGGAUGGUCAAUAUUGUGCUAUUCUUCACCAUCAACGUCCUCAACAACCAUGCAUUCAGCUAUGAUAUCUCGGUGCCAGUCCACAUUAUCCUCAGGUCUGGCGGUAGUAUCACAACCAUGGCUGCGGGCUAUCUCUAUGGCAAGAGAUACUCACGCACGCAGGUCGUCGCUGUCGUCUUGUUGACAUUGGGCGUCAUCCUGGCUGCUUGGUCGGAUGCUCAAGCCAAGGGAAAGGGAGUGGAAGAGAGUUCCGGACGCCCAGCUUUCAGCACUGGCCUCGUGAUCCUCUUCGUCGCUCAGGUGCUCUCAGCCAUCAUGGGUCUUUACACGGAGGCAACCUAUGCCAAGUAUGGCCCGCAAUGGAGAGAGAACCUUUUCUACUCUCACGCCCUUUCUCUGCCUCUGUUCCUACCCUUUGCUCCCUCGAUGGCACGCACCUUUGCGCAUCUCAUGUCAAGCACACCGAUGCAACUGCCUAGCCUCCUGAGCAUUGCCACCACGUCGUUCCCAGUUCCCAGCCAAGUUUUCUAUCUCAUCACCAAUGUCUUGACUCAGUAUGCCUGUAUUCGCGGAGUCAACCUACUGGCAGCAGUCUCCACCGCCCUAACUGUUACCAUCGUCCUCAACAUCCGGAAGCUUGUGAGUCUCCUCCUGAGCAUCUGGCUCUUCGGCAACACACUUGCCCCGGGCACACUGGUUGGUGCCAUCAUCGUUUUCAGUGCUGGCGGGCUUUACUCUGUGGGCUCACGAAAGAAGCCGGAGGUGGAAAAGACGCCCCAGGAGCGGCCAGAAAAGGCGAGUUGA